AUGAUCAAUAAGCUCAAGUCUUUGUACGAAAAGCAAGCUGGAGUGGAGUUGUUUGACCUAGUUUACACGCUUCAUUACUUGCGACACGAGCAAGGAACACCGUUUAGUCCUCAUAUACUCAAGAUGAAGAGGUAUUUGGAGCAAUUGGAAAGGUUGAAUUAUGCUUAUCCUCAGCCUAUUGCUAUUGGCAUGAUUCUCAAGUCUUUAUCUAAGGACUUUGAGGAAUUUGUGCGCAAUUACAAUAUGCAUAGCAUGAAUAAAACCAUUGCUGAACUUCAUGCCAUGGCGAAUGAGUAUGAAAAGAAGCUUCCAAAGAAGUCCGCUACACCCCAAGUUCUCAUGGUAAAGGGGGAUAGGAUCCAGAAAGGGAAACAAUUGAAAGCUAAGGCAAGAAUGAAGGUAAAGGAAAGCAAGUUGCUACCCCUAAACCUAAGAAGACCCCUCCAGCGAACAAGGAACAUCCGGCUAAAGACCAGACUUGCUAUCACUGCAAUGAAGUGGGACACUGGAAAAGGAAUUGUUCUAAAUAUCUAG